AUGCUCCGGACACAGACCCGGCGGGUACAGUCUUCGCUUCGGAGAGGAAGGGUUUUAGACAGAAGUCCGGUAGGCCCGGAGCCGGCUUUCGCUUUCUUGUUCACUACCGGCUUAUUCGCUGGUUCCACCAUUCAACCGUUCAACCGUGGAUCACACACCCUGCCUUACUCGCCAGGACUGGCCUGGGAGUUAGGAUCGAUUACAUUGACCUCACUCCGAAGCUACACGAGGCUACCCUGCGCCUUGGGAUUAUCCCGCUGCUCGGAAUUUUUGGUUUCGGAUUGUGGGGAAGGUGAGGUCAAUGUCCUGCCAAUAAGGAUUGUUUUGACGUUCUUGGGGACCUUCUUUGUAUUGGCGUUGCCUAGGGAUGGGACUUUCAGGUUCGAUGUAAUUGAGUCUUUCGCAAUAGGAAUAUUAGGAAUCGGAAGCAAACAUAGGAAUAGCGAGUCAAAGAACAAGCCAAGCACGCACGAGAGAAGUCUUACCUCUUUGCCUGCGCCACUCGCACCAGAACCCUACGUCAGGAAUUCUAUCUCACCCGACAAGGGAGUCUUUGAUUCGCAGCAUUCAUUGCCAAAUAUGGUUCAACCCUGCUACGAAGCUACUGAAGCGAAGCUUACUGACCGAGCGCGCUCCCUUAUCGUUCGGGCUACCCACCCGGGCAUCCCUUCUCUUGGGCUGGCUACGAGCUUUUCUUUUCACAGUAGGGAUGGCUCACCUCCUUCGUACUCUUCCCUUACUUUAAAGCUCAGCCACUUCGUGCCCUCCAAACAGUUCGCCUAUCGUAUCAGCUACAUUCAUAGAAAACAAAGGUAUCUGAUGAUAAUAAGAUGGACUACCACUGCAAACAAUAACUAUGAAGAGAGAAAGAAGUCGACUGCUCUCACCUCCACUAGAGAAAUUGGUGCUCGCAAACGAAGAAUAACGCUUUUCGGCGAGCCUGACGGAACAGAGAAGACAUCCAAUCAUGGGAAAGCUGCCAUUCCUGGGUGGGCAUCAUCCAUCCCCAGCCUUUCAGGAGGCCAUCUACGGAAUCUCGUCCACCACGUAGUCAGGUGGCCCCCACAUCAAGGUGACAGGAUUCGAACCUAUAGUCCCCUGUACCCAAAACAGAUGCGCAGACCAGUCUGCGCUACACCUCGUCUCAAGCCUCGUCUCCCCGUAAAGACUCGGGAGCCCCGGGAACAGGGAGGCGAGAACCACCCACGGCUUUUUAUAAGAACCCAAGGAGUGGCGGGGAAGCUCAGCCGAAAAGGUGCAUCUGGAUCUGGAAAAAGGGAUUAUCCUUAUCCUAGGCAUUUUCCCAAUCCUCCACAGUCACUAUUUUCAGGCAGUGUAGGUGCCUUGAAUGUUGGUGUAUUUUUUUUAAAAGGAGAAAACGGAACUGAGAAGCAGGCCUCAUACUUCCUGGAUGGAUGCCCUUCUUAUUCUGAGACUCAUGAACUUGCUGGUUCUGUUCUCUCGGUCCCAUAUGAUCCAUCCCUUAAAGGUGGUUCUGUUCGCUCUGGUCCAGCACUCACAUCUAACUCUUUUGCCAGAACAGACUCUAAUAGGGCUUUAAAGACUUGGCUGAAAGAGCCUUUUCCUCGGGUCCCUUAUACACGGAUCAAAUGGUCCCAUCCCGGACUGGCUAGGUAUCUUUCUGGUAGAAAGAUAUGGUGUAAUAAAGUUGUCGUGGACUGUGUAGAUAGGUGCACAGAGUUCAAGCAUUCUGUCAACUACACUCAUAGCAAGAAAGGCAUCCGGAUGAAGUUCACGAAGGUGCUUGCCCUCUCCGAUCUGGAGUUCUAUAGCUUUUUUAGUGUGCUACUUUCAAUCCUUAGUAGCGGGCGCCUAUAUCAUAGCAUAGCUGUUACUGUGCUUUCUGCUGAACAAAAGACGUAUGACUUAAGAAAGUCAGAUCGGAGAUCUGUUGUCGGGAAAAGGAGAGUAGCGGAACGCUGUGCCUCGGUUGUUCAAGAAGGGGAGCUGCGAAGUUUCACUCACCUCUAUCCUUGCCCUUUCCUUGCUUUCGAGCAUAUUGAAACCUUCUAUCUUUCUCAUGCUGCUCUUCCGACGUUCACAAAUCUCCUGUUUGGAGCUUUCCUGCUUGUGAUCAGGAAAUAUCUGAGUAAGAUGUUGAAGGAAAUGGCUGUCAGGCAGAAGGCUAAGCAUCCCUUGGCUUGGAUUAGGAGGAGAAGAGCGAAAGAACAAUUUAAGACUGAAGAUAAGGACCUGAGGCAGUGGGAAAGCGCUAUAAAAGAACUGAACAAUCCAAUAAUCAACUAUAGGGCAAUUUUUGAGGAAAAGGCGAUUCUCGAUAAGUACAGACAUCAAAUAGUCUUAAUCACUAGAGAAGGAGAAUUCUACAGCCGAAAAACAGAAGACCACUUUACCCUCGCAAUUUCGGAAAAGAAGUCCAAUAGCCGCAUUACCCGGAGAGCCCGAAGCCAUACCAUCCGUAUUCACUUUCAUCCAUCCAGAAGGUGGAGCAUUCCAUUUGACCAGAAUGGGGGUCCUUACGAGACCGUGGUCUCCCUAUGA